CGGAACUAAGCAAGUUACUUCUUCCCCCCGUCGCUUUCCCUUCCCAUGAAGGGCAAGGCAAAACAAGCCUGAUCUUGCUUCUUAAAUUGAAACCAAAGUCUAACCAAACAAAAAAAAACCACAGCCCAGGAUGCGCCAGACUCAAUCCCACUCCACGAGUUUAUGAUUAACGAGAGCCAUGGCCGGCAACCCCUCAAUAAAUCCCGAAACCCGUUCACAUGCGGAUUGACCGGCCGAACCUACACCACCGCAGACCUUCACCACCGCUCCGAAUACCUCGCCCGCGCUCUGGCGCAGCGCACCGGAUGGGCUCCCGACGAUGACCUGACCCCUUGGGACAAGGUCGCUGCCAUUUUUUCCAUCAAUACCAUCGACUACAUCAUACCCGCGUAUGCCGCGCACAAGCUCAAUGGAAUUGUCACCCCCGCCAAUGCUGCUUAUGCUGCCGACGAGCUCGAGCAUCAACUUCGGAGCUCCGGUACCGGCGUAAUUUUCACGUGCGUCUCACUUCUCACCACGGCCCUCAAGGCUGCCGAUGCCGCCGGGCUCAAGAGGGACAGGAUCUUUCUGCUGCCGACGGUGGGCGACGAGGCCGCCAUCGCGCAGGCGCCCUUCCCGACCAUCGACGACCUGAUAACCAAAGGUAAACAGCUUAAGCCGUUGGAGCCGAUCAAAUGGGUCAAGGGCCAAGGAAAGAGGCAGGUGGCCUUUAUCAACUACAGCAGCGGUACCUCGGGACUUCCCAAGGCGGUUAUGAUCUCCCACUACAACAUUAUCACCAACAUUAUUUCGCAUGUGGCCUACGAGUCGGUUGCCAGGAAGCAAAAGGGUAUCGAGACGCAGGUGGAGUUGGGACUGCUACCAAUGAGCCACAUCUACGGGCUCGUAGUGGUAGCACAUACGGCCACCUGGCGUGGCGACGAGAUUAUUGUGCUGCCCAGGUUUGAGCUCAAGAGCUACCUCGAAGCAAUCCAGAGGUUCCGCAUCGAGCACCUGAUAGUCGUCCCGCCCAUGGUCAUCGCCAUGUUGCAACAGGGAGACGUUUGCGCCAAGUACGACCUUUCAAGCGUGCGCUUCGUCUAUUCGGGGGCGGCCCCGUUGGGAGAGGAGACCAUUGCCGAGCUGGCAAAGACGUAUCCCAAAUGGAUCGUCGCACAGGCCUAUGGAUGCACCGAAAGUGCGGUCGUGGUCUGCUCCAGCAGCGAGCACGACGUCAUGACCAAGUCUUCUGGGUCUCUGGUGCCCGGCGUCCGCGCCAAGCUUAUGGAUCCCGUGUCUGGCAAGGAGAUUACUGAACACGACAAGCCCGGCGAGAUCUGGGUACAGUCACCCUCCGUUGUUCUCGGGUACCUGAACAAUGAAAAAGCCACGGCCGAGACUUUUGUCCACGACGCCGACGGCCGCUGGCUCCGGACGGGCGACGAAGUCUACGUGACCAAAUCCCCCCAGGGCCACGAUCACAUCGUCAUCGUCGACCGCAUCAAGGAGCUCAUCAAGGUCAAGGGCCACCAGGUGGCACCGGCCGAGCUUGAGGCGCAUAUCCUGACGCACCCGGCCGUUUCCGACGUUGCCGUCACGCAGGUGCCGGAUGAGCGGGCGGGUGAGGUUCCCAAGGCUUAUGUGGUCAAGUCUCCCGAGUACAAGAACACCUCUGACGAGGAGAUGGCGAGACUUGUCACCAAGCACGUGGCCGACCACAAGGCGUCGUACAAAUGGAUCAAGGGCGGCGUGGAGGUCAUGGACGCCAUCCCCAAGAGUCCCAGUGGCAAGAUCCUGAGAAGGCUGCUGAGGGAUCGGGAAAAGGAGAGGAGGAGAAAGCAGGGUGCCAAGAUUUGAGCCAUUGGUGGUUGAGGGCUACAUGGUUUGUAAGAUUGCCUGUAAAUCAUAGUGCGUGCCUAUCCAUCUGGGUGGAUUAAAGAUGUACGAGACUUGGACAAUAAAAUGCUUUUUUUUUUCUUUUUUUCUUUUUUUCUUUUU